AUGUCGCAAAAGAAAGGAGUCUAUGCUACACAGUCGCACGACACAAGCUUUCGCCUUACCUGGAACAAACAUGAAUAUGAACAGCGUGCACGAGCUCGUGCUCGUCGUGAACAACAGCUAGAAGAGGAGGAAGAGCAAAAAAC